UUGGCCUGUUAUGGCUGAGUUUUGUUUAGAUCCUUAAUAAAGUUCUUUUUUUCUGUGUUUUUGCAUUCUCUACUUAAAAUUCUACACUUGUUUUUGAAAGGAAUUGUUGAACAUUGCAUUUUACAUGUUUUCUACUUAGAUAUUUAUUAAAUUAUUCUGAGAUUGAAGAUUAUGAUGAUCCAGGUGCUUUGUGACGGAAGUCCAGCUUCAUCAGGCAAUUGCUGGACAUCUGUGAAACAGUCAUCUGUCAAGUAAAUUAAUAUGAAGAUGGAUAAAUCAUGUUUGUUGCCAAUUCAUGAUCCAACAUCUCGCAAUGCAGCUGUUAAAUGUGGCAAUAUUGAUUCUAUCAUUACAAAGCCAUCUUUUAAUUGUCUGAAACUAGCAGGCAUUAAUCUUUUAGCUUUUGGAUUAGAAUUAUGUGCAAGUGCUGGAUUUACUUAUAUCCCACCAAUAUUGCUAAAACAUGGAUUUACAGAUAAAUCUCUGACUAUAAUAAUGGGCAUAGGGCCAUUCAUUUCUUUAAUAUUAGUUCCUAUCAUUGGACAUUGGAGUGAUCGGUGCCAAAGCCGUUUUGGACGACGACGUCCUUUUAUGCUUGCCCUUGGAAUCAUAAUGAUUUUUUCUUUAUUAAUUAUACCAUUCAGUCAGGAAAUUUGCACAUACUAUGGGUUUUUAAAUCCUAGUUUUGGCUUAGCUGCAGGUGUUGUUUUAUUGGAUUUUUCUAGUCAAGCGCUCAUGAAUCCUUGCAAAGCACUUAUUCCUGAUAUAUUUCAUUCAUUAGAAGAACAAAGUUCUGGUUUCACAACAUAUUCCUGCAUGCUAUCAUUGGGUGGUUGUCUUGGUUAUUUUAUUACAUCUUUAAACUGGAGCAGUACAGUUAUUGGCAGCUAUUUUGGUGGGCAAGAAAAGGCUGUGUUCAGUUUGUUAGCUGUGUUGUUACUUAUAUUGCUUAUUUUGAAUUUAAGUGUUGCUCAUGAAAAACCAUUGGAAGAAAGGAUACCUUCUUAUCUUUCUAAUACAAAUUUAGAUAAAAAUUUUAAUGAUUUUAAACUUACGAAGAGUAAUGAAUAUAAUUUUGAAAAUACCAAUAAUGGUCUACCCUCAUUGCCCUCAUCCAAAUUGUCUAAAGUCAUAAAUGGUUUUAAGUGCCAUGCAGGGACCAAUGCAUUUAAAGUAGAAAAAAAUUGUGGAACAUUUGCUCAAGCAUCACUAUUACCAGAAUCUCCAUUUCAAAGACUGUUUCAGAAACAUGAAGGAUAUGGUUUUUCUUGGUUACUUCAAACCAAAAAUAUAUUCAAGAAUAGUUUUAAAGAAUUUUUUUCUAUGCCUCCAGUACUUUUUCAUCUAUUUAUAGCUUGUCUUUUUGGAUGGAUGGGAAUUAUGUGCCAUGAUAUGUACUACACCGAUUUUGUUGGCCAAGUAAUAUAUGGUGGUAACCCUCAGGCUAAUAAAGAAAGUACUGCUUUCAAGCUAUAUGAUGAUGGAGUUCGCAUGGGAUCAUGGGGUUUAUUGCUGCAUUGCCUUUCUGCUGCUGUGUAUGCGGCGUUUUUACAAGAGAAAUUGAUAUACAGAUUUGGAAAGAGUAAUACAUACUUAUUUGGAAUGAUUUGUUUUACUCUUAGUUUGUUAGGAACUGUUAUGUCUGAGAGUAUUGUACUUGUAAAUCUAUUUUCUGCCUUGUCUGGUUUGGGAUCAGCUGCAAUCACUACUGUUCCAUAUGCCUUAAUUACUGAAUAUUACAGCAAAAAAGAGGUAUAUUACCAUAACAGUAAGCAUAGAGGAGUUGGUGAAGACAUGGCAGUCUUAGAUUCAGCAGUGUUUUUGUCUCAGAUAAUUCCAUCCCUUUUUCUUGGAUACAUUGUUGAAUAUACAAAAAGUUCAAUAACAUAUAUGCUUGUGGCUGCCUUCUGUGGGUGUGCAGCAUGUUAUUUUUCAUAUUUUGUUACAUUUACUUCUUAACAAAGAGUGUGUAAAUAAAAACAAGUCAUUGGGAAGGCUAUAUUAUAUUGUAUGGGAAAUUUCGAAAAUUUUCCCCAAAAGAAAAAUGUUUUACACAUUUGAUUGUCAUGCAAUAAGUAACUAUGAUUUUCAUAUGCAUAUAAAUCUGAGCCCAUAGUAUGAAAAUAUUUGUUUAAAAAAGAGAAUUGUAGGUUUUUCCUCCUUUUAUUUCCAGAUUAUUAUUGCCUCCUAGGAGUUAAUGCAUCUUUGUUUCUGUCAAAUUAAUUUUAACAAAAAUAAUUUAACUUGUCUAAUUUUAUUAGCUCUGGUGUAUAAUGAAUCUUAUACUGACUUAGUUCAGUAUUUGCUCAAUUGGUGCCUUAUUUUGAAAGCUUUCAUUUUGAGAUUUUUUUGUUUAUAUAUAUUUUGAUUUCGUAAAUCUUAAAGUAUGAAUAUGUUCUAUUUUUAAUCCAUUUAUCAAAAGUGCACUUAUUUUUGUUAUUUUUAUUAAAUUCAUUGCGAUCUUACAAAAGUUAUGUUUUUAGAAUUUUAUAUAUUAAAUUAUUAGUGAAAGAACUAGAAAAAUCAUCUUUGUAAAUUGAUGUUGUUUGGCUUAAUGACUUGGAGAAAACCUUGAAUACUUGCUUUUUAAACCACCGAAUUUUCUUACCCAUUCCUUUUGUUAUUCUGACAAAAGAGCCAGUGAUAUAUUUAGUAACAUAUACAUAAAAACAAGCAAACAUAGUGGUGAAUAUUUUAAGAGUACAUGUUUUUGCUUAAAUUGGCAUUGUGUAUUUUUGAUAUUCAAUGCUUUCUUUUUUUUUCUUGUGCAAAUUUGUGACUUUCUCUAAGUAUUUUGCUAAUGAUAAAUACUUGUAUGUAAAGGUUUAUCAACACUUCUUUUAAAAAACUUAAUUAAGGCAAAUUAUAAGGUAUAAAUUU